AUGCCCUUGCUAUCCUCUCACAGUCCCACCCUAUUCUUUUUAGCCCCAAACCCCCUUUUCUCCAAAUUCUCCAAAAGAACAAUCUUUUCUUGCUGUAUUCAGCAAUCAUCAAGCAACCCCAUGUCAUCUCCACCUGGUAACAUAAAUCCCACUUCUCAAAAUGAUCCUUUAACCCUUCAAAAUUAUCCUACACCACUCUCUCCUCCCUUACCUUCCAUCUCAAAGCAAAUAGAACUUGCCAGGGCAUUGUCUGCCUCUUCAAGAUCAAGUCUUUUUACUUUGUCAAGAAGUGAUGUCUUAUAUGAAGAUCAAUGGCUCAUUGCUGUUAAUAAACCUCAAGGAGUUUAUUGUGAAACCGUGUUGGAAUCUGUCCCACGUGUUCUUGCUGCCUCAGCUGAGUUAACUGAUCCUAGUGAAGGAGCUGAAGGCAAUCCGCAUGAGUUCCAUCUUGCCAAUCGACUUGAUCGUGAUACAAGUGGCGUAAUGGUUAUAACCAAGUCACAUAAAGUAGCUUCUAAGCUUGUAAAGGCAUUUACUGAUCACAAGAUUAAGAAAACAUAUAUUGCUCUCUGUAUUGGUUUGGCUCCAAAAUGGGAAAAGAUUACCAUUAAAUCAGGGCAUGGUCGGUCAAAAUUUGGGGUCUGGCGUGUAUAUGCUGCAUCAGAUGUGGGUCAGACGCUUCCAGGUGGAUCCACAGUUAAAGAUAUGGAAACUUCAUUUGAACUAUUAUCAGUAAAUGGGCAAGGGAGCUUCAAAGAGUUAUCUGAAUUUGAGAAAGAUGAAAAUAUUUUGGUAGUUGAAGAAAAAGCUGCGAAAAAUGCUGAUGUAAAGAAGGUUGAGAUUUUGGUUAGAGCAUUUCCUCAGAGUGGAAGAACACACCAAAUCCGAUUGCAUUGUCAGUAUCUUGGAAUUUCUAUAAGAGGGGAUGUGAAAUAUGAGGGCGUUUAUGAGUGGGAAGGGAGAACAUAUGAUGGCCAUGAAUUGCAUGCAGAGACCUUGUCUUUUGAACAUCCAGUUACUGGGGUGCCUGUCAUGCUCCGUGCACCUCUACCUUCAUGGGCCAUCCAGGCAUUGCAGCCAUUAUGACAUUAUUAAGCAGUUUCCUUCAAAAUGUCAUUCUGGAAACUGGCUUUUGAAAGCUGCUGACAAUCUUAUAAGGUGAUUUAAUGCUGUUUUUCUAUAUUUUUAGGUGGAAUGGCAAGCACAUUUACGCCCAUGAAGGAUCAUUAACAGAAAUUGUGAGAGAUAUACAUUUUCUUUUUGUCCCAAUUGCAUUUCCUUAAUUAUAUUGGGAGUUAAACAGGGAAGUUUAUGUCCUGUUCUCAGCAACCAAGCACAGUGGAUAAUCUGCCAACCGCUUAUAUGAGUUCAUGCCAGAUACAUAUGAAUAAGAUGGCAUCUGAGAAACAAACAGUAGGAGGAGAGGACGCAUAAUGGCCUGAAGCAAUUAAGAGGAUGUAACAUAUAGCAAGGAUGUGAUUAAGAAACUUGUUCAGAGAUUGGUCUGUUAAUAAUAGUUAGCUCGGUGAUUGAAAAGGUGAUAGGUAGAUACUUGACUUGAUGGUCCUCUGUGCUGUAGUUAAGCUCUAGCAUGAUUGAGCACCCUGUGUUAAGUUGCAGGAUAUAAUUUGUCAAAAUUUUCAAGUUGCAAGAAAUUCCUUCUUCUUUUUGUACCUUGAUGGGUAGUGCAGUUGAGAAGCCGUUGUUCAUUGAAAAUUCAGGUGAUGACUUCAGCUAAAGGUUCCUUCACGCAAGUCUUUGUGACUUUAAGAAGUAAGAAAAAGGAUUUCAGGCAUGAUGGUGUUAGACUUUCUACUUUUAUUCAAUAGAAUAUAAUCAAGAGACUUGUAAGAAUUUGCAAAGCAUAGUUACCAAAACAGUGUGCUGUAAUCACAUGCAUUUUAGAAAGAGUAUUGUGUUGUUUCGCUUUCUGCAUGUUUGAAGAGGUUCAAACGCAUAGGAAAACUCAACUUGGGGAGGAAAAAGGUAAAAAUGUGCCCAUUGAAUUGGGAUGUUUUCUUUAACCCUUUUGGUAUCUUAUUCAAGAAAGUAUAUGGACUUUGUGGCUCUUCA